UCGCGCAUUGGCUUCCCUGAAACAUUUGCCCAAAUACCAGGAGAGACUCGGUUACAUAAGCGAGGCAGCAGAUAGAUGCUGCAAGUGUCAAGAAACCUGCCGUGGUCUCGAAAAAGGCAGCGAGCGCACGGACUUUUACGCACGGUUGGAUACAUCAUUUCACGCGUCCUGUGAGCGUUUCAUAACUUCUUCGCUGAGCCACCGAGACGCAGCAAGGCGAGAUGUUCCCCCUGCCGAUGUUCACGCCGGACCAGGUCGCACGGGUGUGCGAGAACUUGGAGGAGACCGGGGACAUCGAGCGCCUCGGCCGGUUCCUCUGGUCGCUGCCCGCCGCUGUCCCUGGCUCCGCCGGGGAAGCGCUGAACCGACACGAGUCCGUGAUGCGAGCGAGAGCUCUGGUCGCCUUCCACGGCGGGAAUUUCGAGGCUCUUUACCAGAUCCUCCAGAGCCACCGGUUUACGCGCGAGUCGCACGCCAAACUCCAAGACCUGUGGCUUGACGCGCACUACCGCGAGGCAGAGAGGCUGCGCGGGCGGCCGCUGGGCCCGGUGGAGAAGUACCGGAUCCGCAAGAAGUUCCCUCUGCCCCGCACCAUCUGGGACGGCGAGCAGAAGACGCACUGCUUUAAGGAGAGAACUCGCAGUUUGCUGAGAGAGUGGUACCUCCAAGACCCCUACCCCAACCCGUCCAGGAAACGGCAUCUGGCCCAGGCCACCGGACUCACGCCCACACAGGUCGGCAACUGGUUCAAGAACCGCCGCCAAAGAGACCGUGCUGCAUCCGCAAAGAACAGACUGCAGCAGGAUCCUUCCCUCCUGCCCUCUGAAAGCUCCCCUGAUGGCUCCCUUCAGGAGCGACGCCACCACCCCCAUUUGCUGCCUACCUCCCCUCGCCACCUAGGCAGCCCAGAGGCCAGCUGACUGCAGCACAGAGACCGAGCGCAGGGGAACGGGAGCCUCCACUCCAGAGAUCUCCGUCAGCAGCGACAGCGAGUUCGAGUCUUGAGAUGACGGACUCUGCUCACAGACAGCCUCUCCUUCCCUGCAGAGAUGAGAGCGGACGCAGACAAAUGUUAAAGACGCUUGACCCGUCUGUGGCCGUGGACCCACACUGGAGCUGUUCUCAGUGGGAGGAGCAUGAGGAGCCCACUUGAUGUGGCUCUGACUGAACAAUAUAAAGGGACCAAAACACAAAAACAUUAUGCACUUAAAAAGCACCAUGGCACACGACCUUGACUGUUACUGCUGACCAUGACUCAGGACUGUAGAUAGGCAAACAUCCAGCGAAUACUUCUACUUUGAACAAGUCUUUUUCAACUCUCAGGCAAAGUAUUUAUAGAAAUAAUGCCAACGGUCUUUAGAUAAUGUGAAUACUUUCAGUUUUGAUACUGUUUCCAGGGAAUAUUUUGGAUAGAUCAUUUUCUAAUAGUUUUUAUGUAAGCUACAUAAUACAUUUGUAUGGAAAUUACUCACAGUAAACAUUAAAUGCCUUGAGUAGGCUACUGUUUAAUGUAAAUAUGUUUACAUGCACAUUAAUAAUUUGACUAUUAUCAGAUUACAGCAACACCCAGACUGUGGAUAUGUUCAUGCAAACACUCUGCAUAUUUUAAAUAUAUAAGACCCAUAAAUUUAAAUGUAUUUUCAGUGUAUGCAUACUGCUGAUUAACACACCUACAUUUACAGCAUAUUUAAUGAUUUCAUACACCUCGCACCUACUGUAGAGUAAUCAGGUCAUAAUGUGCAUGUAAACAUAAUAAAUGACCAAUUCAAGUCAUUUCACUGCCUUAAAAAGGAACAAAGGGCAUCACUCUUUCACAAUGCAAUAAUACAAAAAAAGGUUUAGACAGUCUUAACUAUAUGUAACGAUGCACACGUGCUGCUCAAAACACAAAAAACAUUUUGUUUCCAGCUGUGUUUUACCUGUUCACUUCUCUUUCGGUCGCUGUUUGAAAUACAGUGUUUUCUUUAAAUGCUCCUGAGCUGCUCUGAUGAUGAUGAUUUCCCGCAGGAGCUGAAACAGAAAAAAAAAUGAAAGAGAGAAAGUAAAGCACUAAAUUGGUCUUAACUCAAUGUGCCUAUUACAUUUGAGAACAGUGAGACCUGGUCAGACGUGAUUGUGUCCUCGUGUCAGAGCGACGCACUCAAACGCUUACCGUCUUUCUUAUAACUGUCAUUUCUCACAACACAUUACUGCAUUUCAAUGAAAAGAUGUAUUUUGUAAAUGUUUUAUGUCAA